CAUCCUAGCCAUGACUACAACAAGUGUAUAUGAACUAUAUACUUAUGAAACAUAUACUGAAGUCACGGAACUGAAUUUCACCGUCAACGCAACGGAACCGACGAUUGUUGAUGCCGCCGAUGACGAUAGGCCUGUGGAGGGGAAGUCUAUCCCCUCCGUGGCUCUCAUAUGGGUGCUGAUCACAUCGGGUAUCUUCCUUGUUAGUAUCCUGGUGAGUCAGACGUGUCAGUACUUAGUCAACCACACCAACCUGCUCGUCCCGUAUCGCCAGCGGGACGAGUUUCCGUCGGAUGCAGAGUCCUACGACAUUCCCGUGGCGAACGGAACCGACCAUCACAUGCCCGGGAUAGCUGUAACCCCCGAGAAGGAGACACCGUUUACCAUUGAAGAAAUCGUCGAGAUGGUCACCUAUCAGAUACGGGCUAACAACGCGGGUGGGAAGCUGCCGUAUUCUCUUGACGACAAGAGAAGACAUUUUGCCGUGCACGGGAAGGAUAGUGGGUUUUCAGAAACAGAGGACAUGGAUAGCGUUGUCACUGUUUCAAGCGAUGGCACUAGCCAACCCUCGCUCGUCCUGGAGACUCUGCCCAUUCCUGACAACGUCAUGAAUCCGCCGGGUAGUCCUGGCCAGUCUGUCCCGGCAUGUCUCUGUAACCACUGCUCAAACCGACACAAAAGACAGAAGCAUUGGCAAAAGCUUCAGAGACAAAGGAGGCAGCAAUAUCUCCGCAAGCAGAGGCUUCAACACCCACACAAAUACAUCCAUAGAACGACGAGGGAUCAUCAAUCGAAAGACAUCAAUGAUAAACAUAUAGUUGUCUCCAUCCCGGCGGAAAACCCAUCUACCAGUAAAGACCAGGCUGAUACAGCUCCUCUAAAGGAUACAAGGGACGCCAGAGUCAACAAUAAUGAAGUGAAGAGAAUAGAAAAAACGUCCAGAAAGUCCGCAGGCUGGGACCUUCCUAUCCUACUGGUCAAGGCGCCGUGA